AUGACAACAAUCUCACAGCGUGUGUAUGUAAACAUCCCACGUGUGCGUCGGAGUACCAUUGGCACCUCCAGUCCCAUAACUCCUCCAUUACAGAACUUCCCGGACCCUCCCGAUACCCUCCUUUUGGACUCUGCGGGAUGGGAGGUCCAUACUGACGACCAGAGCGGGCAAGAGUACUACUUCCAUCCCUCCACUGGCCGGAGCACCUGGGACUUUCCCCUCAGCUUCUCCAUGGAUUCGUCAGUGGCGACGGAAGAGGCCCGUUCUCCUCCCUUUCCCCAGUCUCCCACUUGCUCGCCCGCAGGCCCUUCUCCUCAGAGAUGGAUCGACUGGGAGAAAUUGCUGGAUGACAAUACUGGCAGACAUUACUUCUUUAACUCCGUGUCGGGCCAGAGCUCAUGGGAUCCCCCGGAGGACAUCAGCUCACCAGGGAACGCAACAUGUCAGGAAGAUUUCCCGCUUCCGCUUCCUGAGGAAGACUACCCAGCAUCGCCAGAACUGGAGGAAUCGUCUCCUCUCUCUAUGUCAGCAGAAUAUUCUUUGAUUAAUAUGAAGAAGGUCUUUAUUCCCAGAGUAAGUCUGGAUCAAAGCACCCCACCAGGAUGGACCCUCAGCAUUGACCCUGAAGGAACUUGGGUCUUCACAAGCCACUUCACGCAGGAACAGUGGAUUAAGUCGCUAGAUGAUCGAGGGCGGACGUACUACUACCUAAGAGACGGCAGCAAGUCCCAGUGGAACUUACCUGAGUACUCUGGAAAUCCAGGGAAGUAUGGAGUCUCAGGAGAGCAGGACUCAAUGGGAUCGAAGCAAAGCUGGAGACACAGUACUGGAUACCAGGAAGAUAAGAGUCAUUCAUCAUACCCUCUGAAUAGAUCAGACAGUGACGCCUCCAACUCUCCUGAGAUGCCACAUAAUGUUUCAAACUUGGAAAAGGCUGGAAUCCUGAACAAAACAAAAGUGUCUGAAAACGGGAAGAAAAUUAGGAAGAACUGGGGUAAUUCCUGGACGGUUCUCCAUGGAGGAAUACUGACUUUCCAUAAGGACCCAAAGUCCACGCCAACCGGAGCAUCGAGCAAGACCAAUCAUAUAGUCCCAGAAUUCACAGUUGAUCUGAAAGGGGCUACAAUUGGCUGGGCAACCAAGGACAAGUCAAGCAAGAAAAAUGUCUUUGAGCUGAAGAGUCGGAACGGCGCAGAGUACUUGAUCCAGUACGACACUGAAAGCAUCAUCACUGACUGGUAUAAAGUCAUCGUAGAUACCAUAAACCAGCUGGAUUUGGAUCAGCAUCACUCUGAAGAUGAGGAGGAAAUCAGUGAGAAGUCCUCAAGCUUAGACAGAGAGGAAAAAGCCUUUGACAAAAGAACUAUGAGCAAUGCAUCUCGAAUGACUUCUGAAGCCGAUCAGAAGAAGGUUCGCUCCAAACUGAAGAAGUUUCUCCUCAAGCGGCCCACCCUGCAGUCAGUCAAAGAGAAGGGAUAUAUCAGAGAAAAUGUAUUUGGAUGCCACUUGCACAAUCUCUGUAACCAGGAGAACACGACAGUGCCCAGUUUUGUGGAGAAAUGCAUCCGGGCGGUAGAGAAAAGAGGUCUGGGGAUCGAUGGACUCUACAGAGUUAGUGGGAAUUUGGCGGUCAUCCAGAAACUGCGUUUCAAAGCAGAUCAUGAGGAUCUGGACCUAGAGGAGAGUAACUGGGAUAUCCAUGUGAUCACAGGAGCACUGAAGCUCUUCUUCAGAGAGCUGCAGGAGCCUCUGUUCCCUUACAAUCUCUUCAAUGAUUUCAUCUUUGGCAUCAAAAUCCCUGAUUAUUUAAAAAAGAUCACACACAUGACAAAUAUUGUACGGUCUUUGCCAGCACCCAACCGUGACACAAUGGAGGCCCUCUUCAGCCAUUUACGCAAGGUCGUUCAACAUGGUAAUGAGAACAGAAUGACUGUGCAGAAUGUGGCUAUCGUCUUCGGCCCAACGUUACUCAAACCAGAGGUGGAGACAGCGAACAUCACCACAUACAUGGUCUUCCAGAACCAGAUUGUAGAAUUCUUACUCAAUGAAUUUGAGUCGAUCUUCCACAUGUGAUUGACUUGAACUUGCACUGAAUAAAAAAAUAAAAAAAAACUCACAAAUGCUGGAGAUAGUGGGAAAGAAGGUGUAAAACUAAUCUUAGUCCAGUAAGAAGGACAUUAUGUAUCAGUUCUGUGAAGAAAAGCCUCUGACUGGCACAUUAUGCAGAAGGUUAUUAAUAGAUAUGCUACAAAAAUCUAGAAAAGUAGCCUCCAUGAUUCAUUUAUUAAUAUCACUGAAACGGAAUGAAGGUUUUACAUGAGCAGUUUAAAUAUUGAAUCGGCAAUACACAUUUUAGUAUAGUUGAAAUAUUUUGAUGUUUCUUUUUAGAAUUAGGGAGAGCUCCCAUCACAGAACGUUUUCUAAGAAUAUUUGUGAGCUUUCUUUUUAAAAUAGUUAAUCAGCUGCGACUGGCUUUUCUUGCUA